UUUCCCCUCACAGUUCACUGUUCAUUUAUGAAGACAGUUGUGGACAAAAAAAGGACAUUUCUCUAUGCCAUAAUUGUUGACUGGGGGACUCGGAUUUCGACGUUGGGUAGCUUCCAACAUACGCUCUCUCUUUUUCUCACUGUACAUCAGCCAAAUAUCUACUAUUCUUUCUAUUCAAUUUUUGUGAAAGAUUUUCCAUCUCACUAUUUCACUCUUCUUUGACACAAACCCUGGAAAUCGGCUGCAACAUCUCCACUCCUCAACCGACGACAAACACCAUUUUUGGUAGUUCCUAGCUCUUCAACAGCUUGAAACCAUAACAAAUUGUGAACUUUUCUUCCUUUCAAAGUUUGUUUCACUCAAGAUGCGCUAAGGAAGCCGCCAGACGUGUUCAUGGGAGCCAAUCGAAACGACAACGUGCAGGAGGUUAGUAUUUCUAAUUAUAAUGAUCAGCUUAAGAUGGGAUUACUAUUACUACAUCCAGCUAUGUAGCAAUUGGGUACCAUGGUCAGACUUGUAACUCUAUGUACAUUCCAUUUUAGAAUUUAUAUAGUUGACAAACACGGCAUGGUCUGUAAGGUGGACGUGGAUCUGAUAGUAAUGGACGGUGUUAAAUAAGGAAGUUAAAGUUUUGUGUAUUACAUUUUCAGUUAUGAUCUAAUAUUAUAUUGCUACAAACAUGCCAUCAGGGCAAUGAAAAGAAGGCACUUGUUUCUGCAAUGUUAUUGAAGAAGAGAAGAUGAUGGAACUUAAGGUACUUUGUAACCGAUAAAAUCGACAUGAGUUUGAUAACUUUUCAGUUACUAUUUUCAUGUAUUGUUCUAUUACUUUUGUUGCAAUUAUUCUCCACCAAUCAGUGUUCCAAAAGACUCCUAAACAUGGAUAUGUUCGUACUCGUCUUAAAAGUAAUGUAUGCUUGACCGGGGAAUUCUGAAUGCCUUUAUUCUACCAAUAAUUUCAAUGGUCUCUCGUACAGACGGGUCGUGUAUCAUAAGAGUUGAGACACGAGAAUCUGAAACGAAAUUGUAAAAAGAUGAUUAUUGCAUCUUCAGUAAUUCUUUGAUGUAAGAUAUUUAGUUAAUUGGACAGUUUCUCAUUUUCUUUCUCUUCUAACCAUUCCAUAGGUCUUUACAUGUUAUUUGCUUUCUCAUGAGGGUGCUGUUUGAGAAAAUUUCUCAAAAGAUAAUUCAACUACUUCCAAAGAAAUUGAAAGAAGAAUAAAUGAUAAAUGGAGAAACCUUAACUCAUAGUUUAAUUCUUUGGGAUAAGGUGCAAAUUGACACAGAUUAAGUGAAAAUUAAUCUUAGUUAAAAUCUCAAGCAAGAGCUUCGAGCAUAAUUGACUAAGCUUAGAAAGUUCACAAUAAGAAAGUUUUAAAGUAAGCAUUUGUUUAUUGGUCAAAGUUUGAACAAACUUUAAGUAACUCUUUUACAUAAAAAAGGAAGGAAAAAGUAAGCUAUCAAAAUAUAUUUGGAAACAAAAACUUAAAGUAAGAACAAUUUAUCUCACGGCAUAAAUGAUCCUGAAUAUAUCCUUUAUUGAAGUUCAAAUUUACUGUCAACAUUAUUUGUUCAAGAGUAUCUUGCGGAUGCAGGAUGGUAACAAUUAUGAGAUAAGUAAUAUCUUAUUUUCCUUACAAGUUACAACUAUGGAAGUUUGUUGAGGCUUGUGCCUAACCUAAUAUUAGCUGUAAGGUUUUUUUAUGAAAUAAUUUUUAAGUUUUUACAUUGUGAUAAGCAGGAGGUGGAUACAUGAUAACUCAUCCAAAUCAAGGUAAAGAAUGUGUUUUAAAACACAUGCACGUUAUAGAUUGGAGGAUCUGGACAUCCUAUCUAAGGAAAGCGUCUGCAAGAUCUAGCUAUCUCCUGGGUACAAAUCAGUGAAGGAAAAGAGGCCGUAGCAGCAUUCUUGAAAAUCAAGGAUGAAAAAAGUAUAGUUGUUGGUUCAGUGAUGUCUAAAUCUGGAUGUUGGUCCAUGCUUAAAGGAGGAUUCACAGUUGAUCAGUAUAUGAAAGCCCAACUCUAUUUUCUGAGCAACAAUACCUAUGUUAGAUUAUGGUUAGACAAUGUUUCUUUGAAAUCAUUUGCAAAAGAGCAAUGGAGUAAGCAACAAGAGAAGAGCACCCUAGAGGAUCGGAAAAGAAAAAUAAGAAUCAAUGUUUACAGCCACGAAGGAAAGAAGCUACAAGGUUUAAAAAUACCACAAACCAAACGAGGCCCUGUGUUUAUGCUUGGUUGUGCAGUUGCAAAACCUCUGAUAGAUAUUAAGGCUUACCAAGAAGGAACUGUUUGCCCGUCUUGUGGUGCUUUUACGCAAUCCUUCGGCGGAGGAACAGUUGGCUACUCAGAUUCUAACUGUAAUUCUUUUUUAUCUUUGUUUUGUUGCACAAAAGUUAAAUAUUUACUAACUUGUAAAUGUAAUUGUAUAAUAUUACUCAAUUCAUCUGCGUUGUUUGGCGGAUCAAAUGUUCGAUCAUUAGUCUUAAGUUCAAGGAGCAAUAGCAGAUGAGCAAGCUUAGGCCUGUGGAAUAUGCGUUGAAAGAGCUUUUGUCACUUCACUUUAGAUGCACUUUAGAUGGAAGGACCUAUUUCCAUGAUAAAAUCUAGAGUAUAAGACAUUAUUCCUAAUUGAAGAAUGCACAUUUCCUAUUGUUGAUCCUACCGCAUGUACCAUACAAUUUUACUUCUUGA